AUGGCAUCAGCGGAGGUACCCCUCCCAACCCAGCGGCAUCGUCGGAACUUCCGAAUCGGGAUUGGAUCGGACAUGCGCCCAGCCGCCCAGCCGCUCAUCAGCCCAGCAGCCCUGCCCACCUCGUCCUUGUCACCCGUCGGGGCGAUUCCCGCCCAGCGGAGUGUUCAGCCUGGGAAACCCUCCGAGUGCGUCCACAGACAGCCGGAAUCCAGGGUGCUGAAAUCAUUGGACUACAAGGCACAUCAGCAAGUGCCGGACGGAGCCAGCCACUGGGAGCAUGCUCCGCCCCUGAAACCCGACCUCGGGAUUCACCUGCACACGUAUGACGCUGACCAGGCUGGUCUCCCACCGGCCUUGUCGGAAGCCACGAGUUUGGAAAAGCCUGCGGAGCGCGUUGGCGUAUCUUGUCCUUCGCAACAGACACGACUAGACCCGGCUGGCUGUACCAACAAACCCGAGCCCGACAUUCUCCCCCAAACUCCGAAACACAGAAUGCCUUCGUGGCUGACAAGGCUGACCGGCGGUCAAUGCGACGCCUAUAUCAAGAUUUCCCCCCAGAGCGACUUUGUUAUCUUGAGCGGCUCUGAACGCGAGGCGCCGGGCCAGUACAUCCGUGGCAAGGUCACCCUUUGCCUGCCGUCCGCGCAGCGCGCCAGGGGCGUGCAGCUGCAGCUGGUCGGCUAUCACAGGACAUCCGACCACGACUCAGACCUGCAUUCCGCCUCCUCCACGACGGGCGUUGUCUACCAGCACAUUUGGGCGCCGUUCCUCAUCGACGACGUCCCCUCGGCAUCUCUCGGCGGACCCCUGCCCAAGGGCACUUACGAGUGGCCCUUUGAGCACCUCAUCCCGGGCCACGUCCCCGAGACAGCCCGCGGCUGUCCCCGCUGCAGCAUCACCUACCACCUCAAGGCGAGCACCGUCCGCGACGCGCCCGACGAGACAUCGCCUCAGGCCAUGAAGCCCAUUCGUAUCAUCCGCACCCUGCCGAGCUCGGCCUUUGCCCUCAUGGACGCCGCCACCGUCGAGGGCACAAGCACCGGCCGCCUCGUCUACUCCCUGUCGCUCGCCCACAAGGCCAUCGCCCUCGGCACCGUCCUGCCGGUCGACCUGCGCUUCACCGCCCUCGCCAAGAACAUCACCCUGCGCUCCGUCCGCUGCUUGCUGCGCGAGGUCCACUCGCUCGAGACACAGGUGUCCUCGGGCUGCCCCGGCGCCGGGACGACGACCAGCACCGUUGAGGGGUAUCGGCUCGCGGCGGCGUGGGACCUGGCGAUGGACGACAAGGGCCGCAUCGGUCGGUUUGACGGCGCGGCGGGCGAAUGGCAUGUCCAGAGGCGGCUGCCGAUGCCGACGACGCUGAUCAAGUGUUCGCCUGAUGUUGAUGUGCGCGGCAUCAAGGUCAGUCACCAGGUGGAAUUCGCCGUGACUUUUGCGGAGGGACCUGAUAUGAUUUCGAAUUUCCGAGCCACAAUCCCCAUCAAGCUCUACAUCUCUCCCAACGCCCCCGUCGCGGGCUCGGACUACUUCAUCUCGAGGCGCCCCGACGUCCACGUCUGCGCCGCCGGCGGCCUGAACAGCAGCAUGGAGGUGCCCCCCUGCUACGGCCGCCACAAGCUGGACGAGCUGCUCGAGGACGACCGACCCUCCUCGUUCCUGCAACGCUACGAUCCCGUCGCGCCGGCCUAUGAUUUUGCCCUGCCGGCUGCGGCGCCGUGUGCUGGUGUGGGGGCGUAG